UGAUCUUCGUUAUUAAAUGGUCUCUGGGUAAUUGGCGCUCAGACUAAAGCGGAGCAAAACUGACUUUUCAUGUUCGUACCGAAUCAGAGUACAUUUAUACUGUACAUUACUUAAUUUCAUCAGUGUUCAAAUUCUCAUUAAGGAAAGAGUGACCGUAAAAAUUUGUUUACUAGAGAGCAAAGCUUAUAAGUUAUAACUCAAGACUUAGCGACGCUGCGGAAUUGGUCGCAGGCUUCCCAAACACAUACUGACAGAGAAAUUUUACGGGAGAUCUGCGUAACUUGGUCAAAUCGAUAAAGCUUUUGACUCUAAAGAGCUCAGCUCUGUUCAUUACGCUGCCAUCGGUAAGCGGCUUUUUGACCGGAAAACAGAUUUCCUGUAAGCGGGCUUUGGCAAGCGGUGAUUCCACGGUGAGGUAAAGGUUGAACGGAUUAGCAACACCCGGCAGGACGAAUUCAGAGAGUCCAUAGACAUCGGUAUCCCGAUGAAAGCGCUGCGCAUCAGAUGUUCCGGCCAACACUGCCAAGACCAGUAAAAAGACAGCAAGUCUGCAUCUUAAGUGACCAGUUUUUGUCUCUGCGGUCGAUUGGGAGUACUAACAACAAAUUCCAUAAUUAUUCGAACAACAGCAUGAUCGAUAUGCCCUAAAUCUGUGCAAUCCAGGCCCCCUACAAAUGUGCUCCCAUCUCGUCCAGCCAGUCUUGACGGUGCUUCCCCAUGCGGACACUGUGGGCCAUCUUCGUGACCUUUAUCCCGCUGUUUGAUCGCGGUGUGCGGUGUCAAUCUGUCGCUCCGCCGACUUGUCUGGCAUGUGUGGCCACCAACGACACCGCCCUGGAGCUAUCCAUUCGUCUCUCCGACGUGGAGACCCUGACAUCGCGCGAUCCCGACCGCCCGCAGCUAACCAAAGCGGACGCUAAUCUGUUUAUCAACCGGGAUUUCAGGAAUUUUUUGACGGGAUACGAGAAUGCGGGCAGCAUGACGCUGUGCACGGAGAAUGCGGUGACGCCAAGGUCUGUUCGGUGCAUCGUGGAGCGCUACGGCUGUGCCACCGUCAUGUAUAACAGGACGGUGAUGGCUCGAGGAUGUAUGAAUAUUAUACGCUACUUCCGUGAGCGCGCCACGUUUAAUGCGACAACACGGAAAUCUAUAUAUUCUUGCUGGUAUGCUGACGAUGCCAAAAAGAUCGAAUUAUGCGCCUGUGAAGACAAGGCCAACUGCAACGAUCAAGGAGUGAUGCCGAAGGAAGAGCCCGUGUUUACAAAAGGAGGUGGACAGUCCGUGCUGCUAGUGCGAUGCACCCUUUUCAGUUUGUUAAUGUACUCAACAGUUCUUCAGAUAUGUAACAUGUUGUGCGCUGGGUUGCUGUUUUAAAGUAAUAACUUGUUUUCUAGAGUAGUGGAUGUAUCCAGUGUUAAAGUAUCAGUUAGUAAGUUACUCUAAUGUCAGAGUUGAUCAAUGCAGCAAGCCAAAUAUUUGUUUUGCUUUUUGCGUGAGCUUUUGUGCUUUGGCGGUUGACCUGCUAACUGUACCUCGAAUAUCGCAAAAACCUGUUUUGAAAAGAACACUGAAAUUGCGGACAUGUGUUUCUACACGGCAGUAAAUAAAAUUGCGAUG